AUUAGUAUUAAUUAAAAUUCUUGAAACUAAAAAGGCAUGCCUAUUUUGACAUUAUUUCAAAAUAAAAUAAAUAAGUAAUAUUCAGGGCUGUCUCUGAUAAAUGAGGGACUCUGUACGACAGGGGGCCAUCCCAGCCCCACAACAAGAAGAGCUGAGAACGAUCCUAUGCCAAAAUAAGAGAAGCCAUGCCCAUAGUUGCUACUCACGCUCUGGCCCAUUAGCUAUUUCUCAUCAACCAGGCUCGGUUUCCUUUCUCCUUAGAGGAAAGGAUUCGGAAGUACGGCCUAUAGAACAGAUCCUGUUCAAGGCUUUGCUGGUAGAGUCACACACCUCCUCUCUCCUACUGGCAUUCCAAACCCCCCUUCCGAGCUCUUCUCCGCUUUUCUCGGCUUCUGUUCCAGCAAGCGAGAGCAUGGGGAAAGGGCCUGGUCUUUACUCCGGCAUCGGAAAGAAAGCUCGAGAUCUUCUGCACAAAGAUUACCAGACGGAUCACAAGUUCACAGUCACUACCCAAUCGCCAACUGGAGUUGCCAUAACCUCAUCAGGGUCAAAGAAAGGAGAUCGAUUUGUGGCUGAUCUUAAUAUUAAGCUUAAGAGCAAGAAGAUUACCACAGAUAUCAAAGUUGAUAGCAACUCAAAUCUUUACACAACUAUUACUGGUGAUCAACUUGCUCCUGGAUUGAAGACAAUUUUUAGCUUCAGAGUUCCUGAUCAAAGAUCAGAAAAGAUUGAAGUUCAAUAUUUACACAAGUAUGUCGGAAUAAACACCAGUGUUGCUUUGACAGCCAGCCCAGUUAUCAACUUCUCUGGGGUCGUGGGAACUAAUGAUGUAGCUCUUGGCACUGAUGUGGCUUUUGACACAAAGGCUGGAGCUUUUACCAAAUAUGUUGCUGGAUUGAGCGUCACAAGUUCUGACCUCGUUGCCUCCUUGAGUCUGAGUGAGAAGGGUGACAUGCUGAGUGCCUCCUACUAUCACAACGUGAAACCAUUGACACAUACCUCUAUUGGGGCCGAGGUGAAGCAUAGGUUCUCAAAAGGCGAGAAUACCCUCACCAUCGGUACACAACACCAACUGGAUCCGCUGACGACAGUGAAGGCAAGGGUGAAUAACGCCGGCAAGGCGAGUGCCCUUAUUCAGCGUGAAUGGCGCCCCAAGUCCCUUUUCACUGUGUCAGGUGAAGUGGACACAAAGUCUUUUGACAAGAGCCCCAAGUUUGGGUUGGCUUUGACUCUCAAGCCAUAAUAUUUGUGUUUUCUGGAAUAGUUAGCUAUAAGCUACUUGGGCAUGAUUAACAAUUUACAGUUACAUCCUCAAAGGGACUGUUUCUCUUUUUAUGGUUGAUUUGAUUUGGCUGGAGGCUAUAUACUCUAUAGGUGUUGCAUCACAAUGCAAUAAUUGUGGCUUGACUAUCAACAUUGUUCUGCUGCUAUGCCUUCAGGUUUUUGGUUCUUACAUUCUUCUACGAGUGUCCUAUCUUCUACGGAGUAUGUUUUAAGUGGUUACGGAAUAUAUUGUAAUUCUACACCCUCUAUCCUUCAACUUUAGAGCUUUUUUUAUAGUU